UGGAAGCGACACUUCUUACAGCUCAGGCGUGUUGCUCCUUGCUCCUUAAAGGUGAUGUAUUUGAAUUCAGAGGAGCAGCAGACUGAAAUGACACACACUCCCUCCUCAGAUAUGUGUGAAGUGGGGCUGAGUGAAGUUUCAGAGAUGAUGGAUCUGCUUCACAUAGAUGUAGAGACUGAUGUGGUGGAAGACAGACCUGGAAGAGGAGAUGCACUGUGUUCAAAGAACGUGUUGAGGAAGCAGCGACACUGGGAGAGACAGCUGGCUGCGAAGAAGAGCAAAAGGAAAGAAGAGAAGCAGAGGAGGAAGCUCAACCGUGAGCACGAGUCAGGUGCAAGUGCGGACAAUCCUCAGCUUAGCAAACGGGUCCUGAAGGCGAUCACCAGAGAGCGUUUAGCCGAGGCUCAGUCCACGGGGCUCAAACUCUGCGUUGACCUGAGUAUGACGGACUGCAUGUCUGACAAGGAGAUAAGCCGACUGGCCGGCCAGUUACGACGACUGUACGGGUCAAACAAGAAAGCAACGCGACCGUUCCACCUGUUCCUGACAGACCUGAAGGAGGACAGCCGUCUGUACAGAGAGUGCAUACGAAUGAAUGAAGGCUUCCUCAAUUACACAAUGGACAUAACAGAGGAAAGCUGCCUGGACCUGUUUCCUCCAGAAACCGUCGUCUACCUCACGCCAGAUGCUGAAGAAGCCUUGGAAACAGUGGAUGCUGACAAAGUGUACGUCCUCGGGGGUCUUGUGGAUGAAAGCAUCCAGAAGAAGUUGAGCUUCUCGAGGGCGAGAGAGCUCGGCGUCCGCACGGCGAGGCUGCCCAUAGACGAGUACAUGACAAAGAACAACAACGCCAAGAAUUUCCACUCCAAGAUCCUGGCAGUGAAUCAAGUGUUUGACAUCUUGUUGACUUUGUGUGAAACCGGCAGCUGGACAGAAACCCUCCAGGCAUGGUUCCCUCGGGGGAAGGGUUAUGUUGUUGCGCCAGACGACUCCCUACCACCUUCAACGCAGACUUAGCACAAGGAUUCAUGUUCCGUCAUCUUCAUUUCGUUCGGAUUAUGCCAAAUGAUCACGCCAUAUCUGACUUGAGGAAUUUAAUCAAAAGAGGAGAAUAAUUGUGACAUUUUUUAUACUUUCUCAGGAAUAAUUUCAGACUUUUUCUUAAUAUUAAAAGACAAUUGAAGUUUUGGUAGCACACAAAACAGUUUUGAAUUUUCAAUUGUCUCUAACAAAUGGGAACUCGUGACUCCCUGCAGAACAUAUUCUUGAAACACUUUAUAUCUAGUUUUUGCACAUAAACUUUUAAUGUAAAUGCGUCUUAAUUUUUGUGUUUAAUGAUAUGACACAGUUUCCAUCUUCAGACCAGCUUGUCCGAGAUAUCAAGUCUGAAUUAAAAAUGUUGCAUUCAAGUAUCUUAUAGAAGAAUUUCAGAACUUCUCCUGGUAUGAAAACAAACGUGUAGAUUUUGUUGCUCCUUUUGUCUCAUUUUAGCUUUAUUGUAAUUAAAUUAUUUGAGAGAGGCAGCAUAGGUUGGUUAAAGUCUCUGUUUGUUGUUACAAGUCUUCUGUCAAGUCCUCUUAUUAUUGUCUUAUUAUCUCGCAUGUUUUUACGGUAAAGAGGCUUAAAGUCAGCUUUGUUGCAUUUUUCUUUGAAUCAUUUUUCUUCUCCUUCAUGUUUCCCAAGAACGUUUGGUUUUUAUGUUUACACGACUCAGAUUUGUGUGGAAAGGGUUAGGGUUAAUUUUACAUUCUUGGAUAAUUCUUUCUUGAAUGUUUUGUGCGUUUAUUAUGUUUUGUGUGGUUUUUUUUAAAGGAGGGGAUUUAAAAAAACAUGGAUCAUGAAUGGGAAAUCAACCUUUAUUUGUAUAAAGUCAAAGAAUGAUGAAACUAGCUGUUCAUGCAUAGUCAAACUCCUUUCUUAAAGAGACAGACCAAUAGUUGGACACCCACAAGGCUACUGUGGUGAGAUUAAUUCUGCUUUCUAUCUUGGUUACAUUUAGAAACACUUUUGGCUCUGUUAUCAGCAGACC